GCGGCUGCGGUCACGUGAGCACGGUUUGCUCUGGGCUCUGGCAGCGGCUUCCUCGUGGAGCUGCACUCGCUGUCAUCUCUCGGUCUCCCGCGGGCUCGAUGGAGGAAGAGGAGGAGGAAGCGAGGGCGCUGCUGCCAGGCGGCUCGGACGAGGCGGGCAGAGACACCCGGGCUACCCCUGCUGCCUCCGGGGCGCUGCAGGCCCUCUGCGACCCCAGUCGCCUAGCGCAUCGGCUUGUGGUUCUGUUGCUGAUGUGCUUCCUCGGCUUCGGCAGCUACUUUUGCUAUGAUAAUCCUGCUGCCCUUCAGAUUCAAGUUAAACGGGAUAUGCAGGUGAAUACCACGAAAUUCAUGCUGCUGUAUGCCUGGUAUUCUUGGCCCAAUGUAGUUUUGUGUUUCUUCGGUGGCUUUUUGAUAGACCGAGUAUUUGGAAUACGAUGGGGCACCAUUAUUUUUAGUUGCUUUGUUUGCAUUGGGCAGGUUGUUUUUGCCCUGGGUGGAAUAUUUAAUGCUUUUUGGCUGAUGGAAUUGGGAAGGUUUGUGUUUGGGGAAUAAUGUGUAGGUCCUUUUGAAUCCUGUUGAAAAGACUCUAAUGAGCAGAUUACUAAAAGACCAGUACCUCUCAGUGAAUUUCAGUGUCUGUUCUGUAAGCUCAUUCUCAAUUCAGCCUUGGGCUUCCUGCCUGGAGGGAUGCAGACAACCUAACUUACGCUUUUUACAGGUACCAGGGACUGGUAGCCAUAGGUGACACAUCCCCAAAAGUGCUCUAAGUGAGGGAGAAGGGAAAAACGGUUUAUUAAAAUGUGAAAGGAACUCAGAGGUAGAUGUGUGAUCAGAAAUGGGCAUCCAUAUAGGAUUUGGAUUCAUAGAAGAGGGGAAAUAUAUUUAGAUGAGGACAGUGGUGAGGAGGACUCAGUGUUUGAAUGCAGAGAAGAGGAAUCUCUUACCUUAAGGUCAAUAUUUAGAACCUGCAGAAGGAAAAUUAAAAUCUGGAAAGUAGGAGAAUGUCACAUAUGGAAGAUACUGGCCUAAAAAGUGUGAAUCUGUGUGUUUUCACAAAGUGUGGACCACUCUUCCCGGAUGAGCAUUUUAUACAGUGUAGAUGAUGAUGUGGUAGCUCAAACUCCUUUGAUUGCCAGGCAGGGUUGUCAUCGCAGCAUAUUAAAUUACCUGUACUAAGCAGUGUAAAACUAUGAACGCAGGUUUGUGUGCCUGAUGCCCAGUGAGGUGCAGUGAAAUGUAGGCGUUUAGAGCGGAGGAGGGUAUACUGCAGGGCUGUGCAAGGAGACGAGGUGGCUCAUGCCCUAAAAAGCUUCAUGCUCCUGGAAGGGUUUUGGCAAAGCAUUUUGAAAGACAGACGAGGCGGGGCUGUCUCAGGGUACCUGGUCAGCUCGAGUACAAUUCUGUUACUGGCUGAUGAUGGGUGGUGGUGACGGGAGGCAGUAGGGUGGUGUCACGGGUUAGCUGUGUCAGUCCUUCGGCUCCCGGACUGAGGCUCCUGGGCUGUGUGCUCAUGGUCAUCGAGUACUUCCUUUUGGUGGGAGCAGUUUUCCCGUCUGCUACACAGCUCAGGAAGUUCGUACCAAAUACUAUUAUCUUGUCCUUCAGAGAGGAGCUCCUGCACAGGAUACGGGCGAAGGCCUGUCCCAGGAAGGCCCCAUAGGUCCUGCUCGGUUACGAAACAGCCCUUACGGGGUGGACUUCGUGGCUAGAAAUUUGGACUGCGCACAGUCUGGACGGUGUGUCUGCACCUGAUGUCUGGAGCCUGGCCUGGGAUGCCCCGAGGACUGGCUCUGGUGACUGGAGCACCUGCAUGUGGCCCUCUGUGUGGCUUGGCUUUCUCGUAGUGUGGGGGACUCAGGGCAGCUGGACGUCUU